CGGAAUUCUCAACUUCUCUCAUCAGAUCAUUUCAAAUCUUCUACUUCUUCGCAGGAUCUAGAUGUACACGUGGUGGAACCGAAACUGCCUCCAAUCCUAAAUUGUUCUCCGUUGCAGUGCAUGGCCGCAAUGUGUCAAUCACAGUGACUUCAUGAGAUACGUCCCGUGCUUUCAAUAUUUUUCCCAACCUCCCGGCCCCUGGUUCGCUGCCUCCACUCCAGUGAGACCGAGUUAAGGACUGGCUGAGGGAGAGGGAUCCAGACAACGCUGCCGGCACCGUGCCCCUUCUUGUGUAGCCCGAUGCUUUGGCACCGCACUGAGCCGCAGUCUACAGUGAGCGCUCAACUUUAAAGCCAGAGCCGCCCCCUCCCCUCUCCUCCAUCGCACCCCAACAAGUUUCUGACACGACUUUGAAAGCGUGCAAUGGAUUACUUCAGCGGAACGCUGUACUUUGUCUUGUUAGCCUUGCUCGGAGCUGACGGCCUGUACGUCGCCCAGCAUACAGAUUCACUUCUGGGCAAAUUAACCAACUAUGAGCUGAUGACUCCGAGCAGCACAGAUGUACAGGGAAGAUUUCUGUCCCACGCUGUAACGGCUGCUGGCAAAAGACGGUCUAAAAGGGACAUUGGGAGUUUCCAGCAAGCAGCAGCUGAUGGGCGCUUGUAUUAUAACGUGACGGUGUUCGGGCAGCAGUUUCAUCUCCGACUGAAGCACAACUCCAGACUGGUGGCACCUGGAGCCACGGUUGAGUGGCAGGACACGAACGGCACUCACAAGGAGCCUCUCCACGGGGACUGCGUCUACUCCGGAGAUAUCACUGAUGUACCGGGGACUUUAGUCGCCAUCAGUAACUGUGAUGGACUGGCUGGCAUGAUUCGGACAGACAAGGAUGAGUUCUUUAUUGAACCACUGGAGAAAGACAAAGUAGAUGAGGAAGAAGAAAAUGGGAGAGUCCAUGUGGUAUACCGGAGGUCAGCUACCAAGAGACCACAUCCUGCAUCAACGAGUGAUGUCCAUUCAGAAGAACCUGAUUUGAGUGGACUGCAUGAUCUGGAAGCCAAACACAAAGCUAUUGAAGAACAGAUUGAGAAAAUCAGGAGAGUCCGAAGACAUGACAGAGACAAUGACUAUAAUAUAGAAGUCCUUCUUGGAGUUGAUGACACAGUGGUGCAUUUUCAUGGCAUGGACCAUGUGGAGAAGUAUCUUCUGACUCUAAUGAAUAUAGUUAAUGAGAUUUACCAUGAUGAGUCUCUGGGAGCCCAUGUCAAUGUUGUGUUGGUGCGAAUAAUCAUGCUGGGUUAUGCAAAGUCUGUUACUUUAAUUGAAAUUGGGAACCCCUCACAAAGUUUGGAGAAUGUGUGCCGAUGGGCUUACUCCCAGCAGAAGUCUGAUACAAGCCAUGCAGAAUAUCAUGACCAUGCCAUCUUUCUAACAAGGCAGGACUUUGGACCAUCAGGAAUGCAAGGUUAUGCGCCAGUUACAGGUAUGUGCCAUCCAGUCCGAAGUUGCACUCUGAACCAUGAAGAUGGCUUUUCAUCUGCAUUUGUUGUUGCUCAUGAAACCGGUCAUGUGCUAGGCAUGGAACAUGAUGGCCAAGGCAACCACUGUGGCGAUGAGAUCAAAAUGGGAAGUAUCAUGGCACCACUGGUUCAAGCUGCAUUCCAUCGUUUCCAUUGGUCCCGUUGUAGUCAACAGGAGCUGAGCCGAUACUUACAUUCAUAUGACUGUCUACGUGAUGAUCCAUUUGAACAUGACUGGCCAUUGUUACCACAACUUCCAGGCAUCAACUACUCUAUGAAUGAACAAUGUCGCUUUGACUUUGGAAUGGGCUAUAUGAUGUGCACAGCAUUUCGGACCUUUGAUCCCUGCAAGCAGUUGUGGUGUAGUCAUCCUGACAAUCCAUACUUCUGCAAAACCAAGAAAGGUCCUCCACUGGAUGGGACAAUGUGUGCUCCUGGCAAGCAUUGCUUCAAAGGUCACUGUAUCUGGCUGACUCCUGACAUAUUAAGACACGAUGGAAACUGGGGGACAUGGAGUAAGUUUGGAUCUUGCUCUCGAACUUGUGGAACUGGUGUACGUUUUCGGACACGCCAGUGUGAUAACCCAUUACCUUCCAAUGGUGGGCGAGAGUGCUCUGGACAGAGCUACGAGUAUCAGCUUUGUAACACAGAAGACUGUCCAGAGCAUUUUGAAGACUUUAGAGAACAGCAAUGCAGGCAGUGGAAUAACAACUUUGAAUAUAAUAACAGCAUGCACCAGUGGUUGCCAUAUGAACAUCGUGACCCUGAACAAAGGUGCUUCCUCACCUGUGAAUCAAAAGAAACCAGGGAAAUUGUUUACAUGAAGAGGAUAGUCCAUGAUGGAACACGAUGUUCAUACAGUGAGCGAUAUGACAUUUGUGUUCGAGGUGAUUGUGUGAAAGUGGGCUGUGACAAAGUACUGGGCUCCGUUAAAAAGGAAGACAAAUGUGGGGUGUGUGGUGGUGAUAAUUCGCACUGUAAAAUAAUCAAAGGGACAUUUUCCAGAGCAGCAAAAAAACCAGGCUACAUGAAGAUGUUUGAAAUUCCAGCUGGAGCUAGACAUCUCACUAUUCAAGAAUCAAAUGCAUCUCCUCAUUUCAUUGUAAUCAAGAACCAAGUGACAGGAAAUUUCAUUUUGAAUGGAGAAGAUGAUUUUCCUGAUACUAAAACUUUCAUUGAAAUGGGAGUAAUAUGGGAGUAUACCAACAAUGAUGACAAGGAAUCUCUACAAACCAUUGGACCCCUCCAUGAUGGGAUAGUAGUGCUGAUGAUGCCAAGUGAUGAUACCAAAUGCUCCCUGAGUUAUAAGUAUACUAUUCAUGAAGACGACUUGGCCACUAUGACAAAUGAAGUUUUACAGGAAGACAUGGCUGCAUUUGAGUGGGCUUUGAAGAGGUGGUCCCAGUGCUCCAAACAAUGUGGAGGAGGUGCUCAGUUUACAAGAUAUGGUUGUCGUAGGAAGGCUGAUGCCAAGAUGAUUCAUCGCAGCUUCUGUGAUGCAAGUAAAAAACCGAAGCCAAUCCGUCGAAUGUGCAACUUACACGAGUGCUCCCAGCCUAUAUGGAUUACUGGGGAAUGGGAACCAUGCACCAGAACUUGUGGCAAAUCGGGAUAUCAGAUCCGGAGUGUCCGGUGCAUUCAGCCACUCCACGAUGGCACCAAUCGGUCAGCACACAGCAAAUACUGCAAUGAGGAUCGGCCGGAGACCAGAAAACCUUGUAAUCGAGAACUCUGCCCUGCACAGUGGAGGGUAGGACCUUGGUCACAGUGUUCUGUAACCUGCAGAAAUGGAACGCAGGAGAGACAGGUCGUGUGCCGAACAAGGGACAAUAUGAUUGGUCAUUGUGAAGAGGAAAAGCCAGACGCCAUCCGGAUAUGUAGAAUGCCUGCAUGCCCCAAAAACUCUUCUCAGCAAACAUCACUCACUUCCUCCAAAGGAAAAUCUUUAAUCCAAUGGCUGUCACGUCCAGAUCCAGCAUAUCCUAUUCAGAAAGUUUCGAAAAAAGCAAUUUGUCAUGGGGACAAGUCAAUCUUCUGCCGUAUGGAAGUACUUGCCCGAUAUUGCUCUAUUCCUGGCUACAACAAGCUCUGUUGCAAGUACUGCAAUUCACUAUCUCAACAGCUUGCAAACAAGACCAAUGACUCUGAAUCCCAAAAGCAGGUUAAACCAACCUUACUACCUGAGACCACAAAGAAGCCAAGGGUUGUUACCUCUCACAAAGUAAAUGGAACAAAAGAGAGUGUUCAGAAAAAUGCAGUUGGACAGGCACACAAGAGAGAAAAUGGUAAUAGUAAAAAACCACAACAUAAAUUGAUAAUUCCAACACGGCCAAAUAUGGUGAGCAACCACAGACUCCAGUUCCUGCUUGAUCAGAGGAGAAAAGAGCUGCUGAACAAUUCCUCAGAAAAAACAGUUUCAUCUGUAAAGAACAACAGUUUACCUCACCCAGAGAUAUGAGCUUGAAUCAUCUGUCAACAGAAAACAAAAGAAGAAUGUUAUAAAGUGCUUCACUCACUAUAUGACAGAAACUGGACUAGAAAUGAAUGGCACAAUUUAUUUUAGCAGUGUUAACACAGUUAUAACGCAAACACUUCUAACUUUAGUAAUCUACCUUAUAAAAAGUCAGCAUGGAGCUUAUGUCUCUCAGCUUUGCCAGGCUUCUCUCAGAUGCACAUAGACACACACAUACACCUUCGUAGUGAGUGGUUUGAUUUUACCAGCCGAGGAUUUCCUCUGACUUCCUCUUUGCAGCUCAUUGCUGCACUAUAUUGCACUUAAUGUAGCAUUUGCACCAAAAUAAUUUCUUUGUACAUUGCAGUAAAUUUCCUGGAAGAAUGGUGCUGAACAUUCCCAAAACACCUACGUACUGUAUUAGUGGCACAUAUGAUUCAUUCCUCUUAGGGCCUUAUUGUACCUAACAGGGACAUAGUCUCCUCAGGUUCUAGUUCCGGUCCUGACUGAGAGAUUAUGUUGAAAAUAAAGGUUACUUGCGAUGUUGUACACAGACAGACAUUGCCAGCAUGUUAUGCAGGUUUUGCUUUUGAUGCUGCGUUCUUAGAAUUUUUAAAAUUUGGGAAUAUAUGGUGCUGAAUUUCCUGGAGAUAGUCCUCAAUUUGAAGAAAUUGCAGAUCAAGUAAAAUCUGCAAAAAUAUCUUAUACGUUUACACAAGGAUAGAACCACAGAAUAAUUAAUUUGCACUAUUUGUUUUUACAGAAUAACACUUACACAAACCUGUUAUUCUUGUUAUCAAAGGCUAUUCCUACAAUCUUUAAGAAAGUAAAGGAAUUCCUGUAGCAACCUAAAACAUCUGGAGUGAAAUAUGGUGGCUGGAGGACACACCCAUUGUGAUUUGCAAAUUAAUAUGUUUCUAUAUAAUGCUAAACUUCAAAUUUGAAAUGCCCAGAAACAUCUUCAUUUGGCAGAUUUAUAUGUUCUGCCAUUGCGUUUGGCUUCAUAGAGGUAACCACCUAAGUUACUCUAAACUUUUGAAAGAAAAUUAAUCUUCAGUGCUUACUGUGCUAGACUUAUCACAGUUUUCUUUUUGUACCUUUUAUAUAUUAUGGUGAAAGGUUCUCAUGGCUGUACUACAGAAUACUUUCUCACCUGUUUAGGUCAUCUGUUUAGGUCAUCUAGUUUGCUAUACCUUUCAUAAUUUGUCAUGGGAUAUCUGUCCUGGUCAUCUGAAUUCUGUUUAUCCCUCCUCUUAAAAAAAAAAACAAAAUAAUAAUGAUAGAAAUAAGGAAACAGCAAAUUAUGCAACCGCACAAGCCUUAUUCCUGUAUUCAACACUUAUAUCUGAGAAAAUGAUGUUAUGUGUCGUUCUACAGGAAUUGUGAUUCCUUGAUUCUACAUUAAACUACCUUUCUCACAAAAGUGCAUGUAUUAACAAAAAUAGAAAUGGUGAACAUCGGUCUGUCAAAUUCUGAAAGGAUAAAGCUAAGCUAUUUUCACAAACUUCCCAGAAAUCUUGUUGGACAAUCAUACAAUCAGAGAUUUUUAUGAUUAGGUGAUGAUGCCCAGAUUUCUCAAAAGGUUUGGUCCAGUGAUUCAGGUGGGAUUCCAGAUCAGGACAUAAGUCCCCCUUGAAAUGUAAACCUAUUUUACUUUUCGUCGGAUACUGAUUGUUAUGUGCAUUUGUAGCAUGAUGAACAGGUAUGGACUUAAUGGUUUUCUGCUGUCUGAAAAAUAGAACAUUUCAGUCCCAAAUUACAGAUGUCAUCUAACACUAAAAGUAUUCAGCCCCUGAAAUCCAUUAGUCCAAUCAUGUGAUGUUUCCUAUUCCACAAAAUUCUCAUUCUGACUACUUUGCAAAUUGCAUAUUUUGUAAUAUUUUUCUUAAGCCUAGACUGGGUUUGUCAUUCCCAAUUAAGAACAUGUGUGACAAAAUGUGUGCUUCACUUUAUUUUAUGACAUUUAUUUUAUUACAUAUUGAAUGCAGACAUUCUACUUUAAAAUGUAAAGUUGGUUUAUAAGUUGUGUUCCAAUGCUUUAAUCUUGCUUCAUGGCAUAUGUAUUUUUCUUCAUUAAGUAGUAGCUCAACUGGGCUGAUUCCUGUAUGUAUGACUAACAUCACCUGCCCCAAUUACACUUGCAAUUUCUACAGCAGCUCCACUGAAGAGUGUCUUUUGUACAUUAUUUGUAUAUAAGAGUU